CGCUGACAAAAUAUCAUGACAAAUUCGUACAAUGUUUUAUGAUCUGUGGUUUUCUACAGUAAAGAAGAUGUUUCAGCUGUUACAGUAUUAAUUUUCCAAAACAAUAAUAGGAUUUAUUGGUGUUUAGUUUCAUUUAUACGCCUCUCUAGUCAACAAUUAGAUAUCAAGCAACGAAAACGUUCGAGUCAAUUUAUUUUACUGUACACAUUAGAAAGAUUAGUUCUGCAAUUACUACCAAACAGGCGGUUUUUUCAACAAUCAACAUAAAUGUUUGUAAAUGAUUUUUAACGUUGUUUACUACAUUGCCACAAAUCCAAGGUAAAAACAUCCUCUGACACAUUAUGCUUAAAACUGCCCAGAUCAACCAAGCAACAAAUUCGCCACCUACGCUCGAUUCCCAUUGAUGUCCCUCCGUUACUACCGCAUCAAACUAACAAAAUUCCGCGAACGUUUCCAAAGGUAUCGCGAUAAAAUGAUGGACUCGAGCAGCAGCCACCUGAUCAGCGACGAAUACACCGAAGUCUACCGACGACUGCCGUUCGCGCUGCAGCUCAGCUACGGCGUGGGCCACGUGCUGAACGACGUGUGCGCGUCCAUGUGGUUCACCUACUUGAUAGUGUUCUUCAGGUACGUGCUGAACUUUUCCAACUGGCAAACGGGGUUCCUUCUGUUGGUCGGGCAGGUGGCGGACGCCUUGGCCACCCCGUUCGUGGGCUUCCACUCCGACCAAUCGGACACCUUCUGGUUGUGCCGCUACGGCAGGCGAAAAAUUUGGCACUUACUCGGCACUUUCUGCGUCCUCGGCGCUUUCCCCUUCAUUUUCUCGCCUUGCCUCGGAUGCACGGAGCUUAGAGGUUGGCCGGAGAUGUUCUACUACUCGAUUUUCAUAGUGGUGUUUCAAUUUGGAUGGGCCUCGGUGCAAAUCUCCCACCUGUCAUUAAUUCCAGAGUUAACCCCCAACGAACACGACCGCACGAAACUAACUGCUAUAAGAUACUGCUUUACUGUGGUAUCAAACGUCUUGGUGUACGUAAUAACCUGGUUGGUUCUGCAUUUGGAUGAUGGAGAGAGUUCCAAAAUCGGCCCCAAAGAUGGCCCCAAGUUCCAACAAAUUAUCUGGUCUGUGUUGUCAAUAGGCUCUGUUUGCUCAAUUAUUUUCCACCUAAUGGUAAAAGAAGGUGAUAGUACUAGUAGUAACAACGUCAGAGGCGGUCAGCUACGUACAAGCGUUUGGGAGCUACUAACCACCUUGGAAGUAUACCAAGUCGCGUUAAUUUACAUGUCGUCGCGACUAUUUGUAAAUUUAACCCAAAUCUUCAUACCUCUAUACCUACACGAGACCCUGGACAUGGUGGCAAGUUCCCUCGCUGUGAUACCCUUAACUAUGUUCUUGGGUAGCUUCUUGACGUCAUUGGCGAUCGAACGAGUCAAUAGAUCCCUCGGAAGAAAAAUCACGUACGUGAUUGGCAUGGUGUUAGGCGUGUCGGCCUGCAUUUGGAUUAAAUUCGGGCAAGAUUCCCUCUAUACAAACGUCUUCAUCUACAUCGUCGCCAUUUUGGUAGGUGCUGGUGGUUCUAUAGUACUCGUAACCAGUUUGGGCAUCACCACCGACCUCAUUGGCGAUAGAACGGACAAUGGUGCUUUCGUCUAUGGUAUUAUGAGUUUCACCGAUAAAAUGGCGAAUGGAAUUGCCGUCGUGAUCAUUCAGGAUCUGCACCCGACUGCUACGACUUACUACAGAGAUAUUUUGGCGUACGUCUGUGGAGGUGCUAUUAUAGUUGGGGCUUUGGCUGUGAUUUUCUCUUGUCGCGGAUCGAGCACAAGGGAUGAAUAUGAGAGGAUUCCCGAACAUCAAUCGAUAAACUAGAUUUUAUUUAAAGUCAGUUUUUUACUUAAUUACAGGGUUAAACAUUUUAUCGUUUUUUGAUAUUUUAUUAUUGUUAACGUAAAUUAAAUAAUACUCCAAAGUUGGACAAUUAUUAAUCCCAUAUUUUAUUUUUUGACACUCAUCAUUAACGAUGACAAUUGUUAUUAUUUAAUUAGGCAAUUAUACAAUAACUUAAUAAUAAUAUUUAUUUUUAUAUACACUUCAAAUAAAAAGUAAAAAAUAACAGGCAUUUUAACUUUAUCUAGCAUUUGAUUCCAACAAGCUAUCUGUGUUAUAGGCUCUAAUUAAUAGUGGUAUUUUAAUUUAAA